UUCUCCAUCAAAAUCUCUCUCUCCCCCCCCUCUCUCUCUCACCUCCCGUACAGACGCAGCAGCAGCGGCAGCCGCAGAUCUUUGGCCCCUCCUCCGAGGCGCGAGCGAUCCGUGGGAUGGAGGAGGACAGCGUCGUCAGCAACGGCGGCGGCGGCGGCGGGGAGGAGGAGGAGGUGGCGGCGGCGAACGGCGGCGGGGUAGGGGGGACGGCGAGGGGAGGAGGGGGAGGGGGGAAGGUGGUGCAGGUGCUGCAGCGGAGCUUCGGCGAGGUGCAGGGGAUCCUGGAGCAGAACCGCGUGCUGAUCCAGGAGAUCAGCCAGAACCACGAGGCCCGCGACGCCGACGGCCUCACCCGCAACGUCGCCCUCAUCCGGGAGCUCAACACCAACAUCGCCCGCGUCGUCGACCUCUACGCCAACCUCUCCGGCUCCUUCUCCCGCUCCGUCACCGCCGCCGCCGCCAGCGCCAACAACAGCACCUCCCCCUCGUCCGCCGCCGCUGCCGCCGCCGCCAAGGCGAGCAAGCGGCCCCGCGCCACCGAGUAAACCCAACAACAACGCCAUCUGCUCCGGCCAUUCGUUUCAUCCCCUUCUCUUCUUCCUCCUCUUCUUCUUUUUUUUCUAGAUUUUUAGAUUUACUGAGCAGCAGCAGGAGUAGUAGAUUCUGAAUCCUGCGAAACCUUUUUUUCCCCUCUUUUUUUCUCCUUUUUUUUCCUCUCUCGAUGUACUACUAAUUCAGGGUUUCAUCAUGCAUUCAGCGCUGAGAUGGACAUGGACAAAACAGUAAACACCCUUGUCAGAGAUCAAGGAAAUUUGCAGACUGCCAGCGCUCCUCUCUCUCUUGUAGGGAAUUGUUCGACCGUGUCAUAUUUUCCCAUGGGAAAUGCUAGAUGUUUUUUUUUAAAAAAAUCGUUUUUAGCAGUAUAUUAAUUUUAUCUGGAAUUUACAGAAAACAAAACAGUACUAUAUUGUAAUGACAGCUGAUUCGACCAGAGCUUAGAACUGUUUAUUCUAGCUUGGGCUCUUUUGGUUAAUGA